AUGGCGUCCGCUCCAGAUGUGGAUGAUUUGGAACCGCUUGAUCCAUCGAUCAAUAAUAUUCUUGAACAAACUAGUUUAAAAUGGAUAUUUGUUGGCGGGAAAGAUCCUGCACAUAACAUAUCAGAUGCUUUCAAUCAGAAAUUUGGCAAAACCCCAACAGCUGUUAAAAAAUGUCCAAACCUUUAUGCAAUGGAAAUUGAUCCCAAUCUUGGCUUUUCUCAAUUACCAGAUGAUUUUAUUGAUGAACCAGAUGCAGUUAGCCUUGGAAAACGCCUUGCUCAAGAUUUUCUUGGAGCAUUUCCUGGUAUUGAUGAAGCCAUGAGUUUUGCAGAAGUCAUGAGGUUGGUGACACACAUGGAUUUUUCUGUUGUUGUGUUUGACACUGCUCCUACAGGGCACACAUUAAGGUUGCUGUCAUUUCCAUCACUGAUAGAAAACUCGCUGGGGAAACUCCUUCAAAUUAAAAAUCAAUUCACUCCAAUAAUAAAUCAAUUUAGUGGUUUGCUGGGUGUAAGCGAUGCUGAUCCCAGCAUGGUGACGAAUAAAUUAGAGGAGAGUAUGCCCGUUAUUAAAGACGUCAGUGCAAAACUGAAGAAUGCGGUAAAUUUAUGUUACAUUUGUAUCAGGAUUGGAUAUAAGAAGAUUGAAGUAAAAUCUAGAUAUAAGAAAUAA